GAGAGAGAGAGAGAGAGAGAGAGGCUAUGGAGAUGGAGAUGGAUGAGGUCAUGGCAGGUAGGGCAUUCGAGGAUGAAGAAGAUGAUCACAAGAGAGAAGGAACAGUGUGGACCGCGACGGCUCAUGUGAUCACAGCUGUGAUUGGGUCGGGGGUUCUUGCACUAGGAUGGAGCGUGGCCCAAUUGGGGUGGAUGAUGGGGCCAUUAACUGUGGUGGCCUUUGCAUGGGUUACUUACUACACAGCAAACCUUCUAUCCGAUUGUCACAGGUCUCCUCAUCCAACCACUGGCCACCGGAAUCACACUUACAUCGAUGCUGUGAGGGCAUGCCUAGGUCCACAAAAAGUGCUCAUAUGUGGGGUUGCUCAAUACUCGAACCUUGUUGGAACUUUGAUUGGAUACACCAUUACGUCUGCCAUUAGUAUGAUGGCAAUAAAGAGGUCAGAUUGCUUCCAUGAAAACGGCCAUAAUUCAAGAUGUGGAGUGUCUGGAAAUUUAUAUGUGGCACUAUUUGGGGUGCUUGAAGUGAUAUUAUCUCAGCUCCCCAGCUUGGAGAAAAUUUCGUGGCUCUCAAUUUUGGCUGCAAUUAUGUCUUUUGCUUAUUCUUUCAUUGGGCUUGGGCUUAGUAUUGCCAUGGUCAUCUGUCAUGGAGAUAUUAGAGGCACCUUAUUUGGAGUCAAGGUUGGCAUCAAUGACAUUCCUCUAACAGCCAGGACAUGGAAUGCAUUCCAAGCCCUUGGCAACAUUGCUUUCGCUUACACUUAUGCAUUGGUUCUUAUAGAAAUUCAGGACACUCUGAAAUCUUCUCCCCCGGAAAAUAAGGCGAUGAAGAGGGCCUCGUUGUACGGGAUCGGUAUUACUGCAAUAUUUUACUUCUCAAUUGGUUCUGCUGGUUAUGCUGCUUUCGGGAAUGAUGCUCCCGGCAACAUGCUCACCGGGUUCGGUUUUUACGAGCCCUUUUGGCUUAUUGACAUUGCCAACUUGUUCAUUGUCAUCCACCUGGUGGGUGCUUACCAAGUAUUUUCACAACCAGUUUUUGCAGCAUGGGAGAUGUAUCUCUCCUCCAAAUGGUCACAAAAUAGCAUUGUGCACUCCACCUACAAUGUGAAAUUACCUUUGGUGCCUUCAACCUCCUUCAAUUUUACCCUCUCAAAGCUCAUCUCUCGCACUCUUCUUGUGAUCAUAGUGACAUUGGUUGCCAUGACUUUCCCAUUCUUUAAUGCAGUAAAUGGUCUCAUAGGUGCCAUUGCUUUUUGGCCAUUGCAAGUUUAUUUCCCCACAACCAUGUACAUCUCUCAAAUGAAAGUGAAGAAGGGGACCCAAAAAUGGAUAUUCUUAAAGACUCUUAGUGUAUGUUGCUUUUUUGUUAGCCUCAUAGCAGUUGUUGGCUCAGUGGCUGGUAUAGUUGAUAGUCUUAAGCAUGCCACACCUUUCCAAACCAUGUAUUAGGGCAAAGUAGUCAUGUGGGUAGUAUGGAAAAUAGAGAAAUUUCAAAGGCUAGGUUUUUUUUUUUUUUGGAGAUUUUGGUGGUGGUCUUUUAAUCACAUGGUUCACCACAUGUUUAUUGUAUGUGAGGGGUUUGCAUUAUAGGUACAAAAUUUCAAGACCUUUCACUAAGAUUUGGAGUAGUGU